AUGCGCUGGACUGUCUUCGGCGUAGCAGCCGUGCUGCUUGCGACUAUCGCAUCAGCUCAAUCCGCCCCCCGCACAGCCUCGCUGCACCUCUUCCCCUCCUCCAUCUCGGACGACUACUCAAUUCCCGAAGUCUCUGCUUCUCAGGUACACAAGCUGCUCAGCUAUCACCUGUCCAUUCCGGGCGAGAAGUUGGACGGCGCUCAUUGGGCUCAUCCAGAGGCUUGGCGAUGGAUCGAUGAGAAAUCCAGGCCGAGCGCAAAGGAUCUGUUUGGUGCUUCUGAGCAGGACCUUCGAAAAGCCAUCAUUGUAUUGAGAGCAGACGAUGCUGGUGAGCAGAAAGCUGCGGUCAAAGUAUUCCUCGAGUCUAGCGGCCGAUGGAGCUCACUUCGAUGCCCGCUCUUCAUCCACUGCAGAUCUGAUCCCUAAGCAUCUGGCGCAGACCCACAAAAUCUCUCAGCCACACGACAAAGAGAAUUGGGAUGCACUUUUCAAUGUGUAUGCGGAAAGAUUGGGCGGUCUGACGGGAAGCUUGAUCCAUGCGGCUAGUCGCGCAGCAGAAGAGCUAUCUGAUUGGGCUACGGGGUCAAACGAGGAGGACCGAGCCGAGCGCACAGUGAGUGCUCUGGAAAUCCGCCUGCGUGGGCGGGCGAGUCCUCCGCUUACUUCUUCAGCCCACAAUUGUAGUUCCAAGAUGUUUUGAGGGAGAGCGCUACAUCUUUGGAUAAUGGCGACGCCUCUUUCGAACUCCUCCGUUUUGACACUGCGCUUGAAGGCAUUUCUCAGCAGUCCGGUGACGCCAGCGACGAUCUCGAUGCAGCGCGCUCUCAAAUUAAAGAGCAGAUUGAGACGUUGUUCUCUUCUGCUCGAUCCACAGACAGCAGACACAGUAUCGCGCUUCUUUUGAUUCCCGCCAGCGAACAAGAAGAGGGUCUUGCCAAGCGACAGGUGCAGGACCCUUUGGCGCCCUUCGGUAUCACGAAGCGAGCGGACCGCUGGACAGAUGGUCAGGGUUCUUGGUCAGAAGCUUCCUCAUCAGGAAGCGAGGCCUUGUGGAGCCUGAGCGACAGCCUGAAGAAUUCCAGCAAGCCGCCCAAAGAGUCUGACUACGUGGGAAAGUGCUUCUCAUCUGAGUCUGAUCUGAACAAAGCGACAGCAGAUUGCUCUGGAAGAGGCAAAGCGGUUCUGUCGACCAAGGGAGCAAGACGUUGUUAUGUUUGCCAAUGCUCCAAGACGAAGGAGAAGGGAAGCUCGACUUCUUGGGCGGGCGAAGCUUGCCAGAAGGUGGACCUCAGCACCAGCUUCACGCUGCUCGCUACUACCACCGUCGGUCUUCUCGCCACCAUCUUUAUGAGCAUCAGCUUUUUGGUCAAGGAGGGGAACAGAGAGCUUCCUAGCGUACUUACUGGUCUCAGCGGUGCGAAGCAUUAG